UAAGGUUAUGUUAUUUUUCUUGAGGUUAGGUCGUAUCUGUCUUUGCUCCUUCAUUAAGUUAUUUUCUUAUUUUAGGGUGUACAUUUGAUUAUUCUGUAGUUAGACAUGAAAUUUAACUAAAUAAAACUCCAAAGUUAAUAAGAGAAAUGGGUACUAAACUUGCCCUAAUUGUGUUAACUUUGUUAUCCAUCACACAGGCACAGCUCAGUUCCUUUGAAGCCAAAGUAAAAAAGGGUCACACAAACAACUGGGCCGUUCUAGUAGACACCAGUCGCUUCUGGUUCAACUACAGACACGUCGCCAAUGUUCUUUCGAUAUACCGAAGCGUCAAGAGACUGGGAAUCCCAGACAGCCAGAUCAUUUUGAUGAUCGCCGACGAUAUGGCGUGCAAUCCGAGAAAUCCCCGACCAGCCACUGUGUUCAAUAAUCUCAAUCAGCACAUUAAUGUUUACGGGGAUGAUGUUGAGGUGGAUUAUAGAGGAUAUGAGGUUACAGUUGAGAACUUUGUAAGACUCCUUACUGGUAGGUUGCCCCCAGGUACUCCCAGGUCCAAGCAGUUGCUGUCGGAUGAGGGCAGCAAUGUCCUGAUCUAUCUCACUGGUCAUGGGGGAGAUGGUUUUUUAAAAUUUCAGGAUUCCGAGGAGAUCACUAGUCAAGAGAUGGCCGAUGCCCUGGAGCAAAUGUGGCAGAAACAACGGUAUCACGAAGUGUUCUUUAUGAUAGACACGUGCCAAGCAGCUUCUAUGUACGAACGGUUUUAUUCGCCAAAUAUUUUGGCUGUGGGAAGUUCUAUGGUUGGGGAGGAUUCGCUUUCGCACCACGUUGAUUCCGCCAUAGGGGUUUAUAUUAUAGACAGGUACACCUAUUAUGCAUUGGAAUUCUUGGAGAAUGUUGGACAGGAGAGUAAUCGGUCUAUGGGGGAAUUUUUAAAAGUGUGCCCAAAAAGCGCCUGUAUCAGCACAGUAGGAGUAAGAAAAGACCUAUUCCCAAGAAAUCCGGACAAAGUUCCCAUUACCGACUUUUUUGGAUCAGUGAGGCCAGUUAAGUUACUUCCGAGUGUUCCGGAACUAAAUUUCACUUUACCUGCCCUAGAAACACUCGAAAGAACCGAACGAAAACCAAAAAGAACAUAUUAUAGCGUAAGCUUUUCCACUUUUACUAAAGUUAGUGCUGUUUAAUCGAUAAUAAUAAUAAAACACGUGAAUUAAACCAGUGCAAAA